AUGAAAUUCUUAACAUAUGUUGUGUUAUUGACGCUUCAACUGAGUUCAUGUUGGAGCAAGGAGAAAUACAGCCCCGUUAAUGACUUUCUCUCACAUGAGGCUGGGGGUCAAGUUUUACCUUAUGAUAAGAACAGUAAUUCUCAAUUUCCUACAUUAAAACUACCUUCUUCAGUGUCUACAGCUAAGCCGCAAGUAACUAGUCCUAAUAAUAAAAGGGAUUAUGUCGCACCUCAAUUCCCAACUUUGCGCCCUAUAACAAAGCCAUCCACUUUGCUUGUAACACAAAAUCCUCUUCCAAGUACACAGUCUUCUAAAAGAGACUACGUUGCACCACAUUAUCCAACGUUAAAACCUUCUUCAUUGCCAAACAAAGCAAAUUUAGGAACAACGACGAAGACUUCCAUAAAUCCAAAAAGAGAUUAUGUAGCGCCAGCUGUUACGACACCAAAACCUCUACAAGAUAAUGCCAAAGCACAACAAGGAAAAGUAAAAGAGUUAAUUAAUUUCUAUGACGGAAAAGGUAACCAAGGAAGUACAGUAAUACCUAAGGUACCUAGUUAUAGUUCGAUUCUUAAGGGUCCUACAGUUGGACCACAGCCAGUGACGCCAUCAAAUGGAUUAGGUCUCUCCACUAAACCUAGUUUUAGUUCAAUCGCAUCUGGAAAUAGAAACAGCAAGCCAAGCACUCAAGCUUCGACUACUAAAGUGGGAGCUACUGGUGGUGGAAAUUUACCCAGCUCUAUUUUAAACAACAACAAAAACCUCCAAGGCGCAAAUUCUCCUACUGAUGCUGAAUUACAAACAUUCUCAGAAGAGUUGCUAAAAAAAGAUGUCAAUAAUGCUGCCAAAUUAGUCACUAUCAGUUAUCAAGAGAAGACCUCGUCCGGAUCAAAAGAUGAUAAGGCUCCGCGAGCAUUACUCACUAUAUCACCUGAAGUAUGGAAUAUACCAACAAUACAAAAGUUUUUACCCCUAUUAGAUAACUAUGAAAGAGAUACAUUGAUUAAUGAGCAUGUAACACCUCAGGAGAGAAAUGAAGAAAAUGCUUUCAUGGAUGCUAUUAUGUCCACAAAUGUUAUUCGUCACCUGAUGAGCUUUUUGAAAGACAAAGGAUACGUUACUCAAGAUCCACGCCAGCAAAGAGAAUUUUUAAAACAAAUGUGGUUUGGGUUGUAUUCAAGAGGAAAAGGAAAAAUAAGCAGCUCAGGUUUUGAACACGUUUUUGUAUCGGAAUUGAAAAAUUCCCAAAUAUCGGGAUUACAUAAUUGGAUUUAUUUCUCCAAAGAAGAAACUGCAAACCGAGUGAAUUAUUUGGGAUACUUAAAGUAUGCUAAUUUGGCGGAGAAAGGCGCUGUUUUGAAAAUGCAUUUCAAUCAGCAGGGCGUCGACAAGCCAGUUGGAACGAUGUUUAUCGGCACUUCCCCUGAAUUAGAAAUGUCACUUUACACAUUGUGUUACGUCACUAGAGUAGACAAUGAUUGCAAACUAAAAUUAGGAAAUAACGAAGUUGAUAUUGUAACGUACAAUUUUCGCUAUAGAAGCAAGAAUUACAUUGGCAGCGCUUAUCCACAGAUAUAA